AUGACCGGCAGCUUUUUCAUAGCCGCGCACCGGCGGGAUGAAUCUCGACCUAGACGUACUCAGUUUGGGUUGACGUUAAACGCUAACAAGAUCCCAGUGGCGCAUUCGCAGGGAAAGUUGCCAUCGGGGAAGGCAGCGUUGUUACUAUUGCUUCAGAAGCAGCAGCUUCAAACGGAGGAGGAGGGACUGGGUCGCCGGGACGAAACCCGUUCAGCAAUUGGAAGUGCCAUCGAACAUCAGGGAGGUGCAGCUGUGCAGGUCGGGUCGAGGCUGUGUUUGAGGGCUGAUGCGCUGAACGUAAAGAACCCAAGAAGGCAUCUGAUGUAG